AUGCCAAUGGUAGUGGUGGCACUGGCAUUAGUGUUGGUGGUGGCAGUGGUGGUGGCGAUGCCAGUGGUGGUGGUGGCAGUGGUGGUGGUGAUGCCAGUGGUGGUGGUGGCAGUGGUGGUGGUGAUGCCAGUGGCGAUGGCAGUGGUGGUUGUGGCAGUGGUGUUGGUGAUGCCAGUGGUGGUGGUGGCAGUGGUGAUGGUGUCAGUGGCGGUGACGGUGGUGGUGAUGUUGGCAGGCAGUGGUGAUCGUGGCAGUGGCAGUGGUGGUGGUGGAGGCAGUGGUGGUGGUGGAGGCAGUGGUGAUGGCAGUGGUGGUAGUGGUGGUGGUGGCAGUGGUGGUGGUGGAGGCAGUGGUGAUGGCAGUGGUGGUAGUGGUGGUGGAAGCAGUGGUGGUGGUGGAGGCAGUGGUGAUGGCAGUGGUGGUAGUGGUGGAGGCAGUGGUGGUGGUGGAGGCAGUGGCAAUGGUGGUGGUGGCAGUGGCCGUGGGGUUGUGGCAGUUGUGGCUGUCCUGGUGCUGACGUGCAGAUGUGUUCUGUUGAGGUAUGGCUUACCUUACCUUGUAACAAGUUUAUGGGCUCUGGCUGGUCGGGCGAUUAAAGGGUCCGGUCAGGAUAAUGUGGCUGGUCGGGCGAUUAAAGGGUCCGGUCAGGAUAAUGUGGCUGGUCGGGCGAUUAAAGGGUCCGGUCAGGAUAAUGUGGCUGAUCGGGCGAUUAAAGGGUCCGGUCAGGAUAAUGUGGCUGGUCGGGCGAUUAAAGGGUCCGGUCAGGAUAAUGUGGCUUGUCGGGCGAUUAAAGGGUCCGGUCAGGAUAAUGUGGCUGAUCGGGCGAUUAAAGGGUCCGGUCAGGAUAAUGUGGCUGAUCGGGCGAUUAAAGGGUCCGGUCAGGAUAAUGUGGCUGGUCGGGCGAUUAAAGGGUCCGGUCAGGAUAAUGUGGUUGGUCGGGCGAUUAAAGGGUCCGGUCAGGAUAAUGUGGCUGGUCGGGCGAUUAAAGGGUCCGGUCAGGAUAAUGUGGCUGGUCGGGCGAUUAAAGGGUCCGGUCAGGAUAAUGUGGCUGGUAGGGCGAUUAAAGGGUCCGGUCAGGAUAAUGUGGCUGGUCGGGCGAUUGAAGGGUCCGGUCAGGAUAAUGUGGCUGGUCGGGCGAUUAAAGGGUCCGGUCAGGAUAAUGUGGCUGAUCGGGCGAUUAAAGGGUCCGGUCAGGAUAAUGUGGCUGAUCGGGCGAUUAAAGGGUCCGGUCAGGAUAAUGUUGAAUGCAUUAAUUAA